AUGUCUUCUGUGGUGGCUGGCGGCAUCCCUGGUGGUUUUCGCGGUCAUGCAUGGUCUACGCAAUGGAGUCACUACGAUGGCUCUGUCGUCGAGUCGCGGCCUUUUUGGUUGCUGCGUCUCACUGAGUGUGUCCGUGCGGCUUUACGGCAGCACCUAGUUUGGUUGCUCUAUUUUGAGGAGCGUAGAACAGGGCUGAGACGUGGGGAAGUUUUGACGAAUUACUUCCUGGAAAAAACUGAUAAUGAGAUCAAGAAUCACUGUAACACCCACAUCAAGAAAAAACUAAAAAAAAUGGGUAUUGAUCCAAUCACCCACAGACCAAUCUCUAGUACAGCAAAUGAUCAACCCCAGCAAGAACAAGAGCAAAAACAGAAACAAAUUACUACUCUAUCUGAUAGUGAUUAUACAUCUGACUUUGAUCAAAACAAGGAACCCGAGACAUCAUUGGAGUCAUCCUCCAUUACUGAAGCCAGGGAGGAAGGCGGCAAAAGCAUGACAAGCACAUGUGACCCAAUGGAGCUCAUGAAUAAUAGCUUCUGCACUGAUGAAGUUCCAUUAAUUGAACCCCAUGAGAUUCUUGUCCCAUGUGCAGAUUCUUCAUCAAGUUCUUCCUCCUCAUCAUCCUCUUCUUCUACUUCAAAUUCCUCCAACUUCUUGCAGGACUUGCAGUUCCCGGAUUUUGAGUGGCCUUGUGACUAUAUGAACAACAGCAUGGGAUUGUGGGAUUAUGACCUCAGUCGUUGGGAUUUAUAUAUAGAUCAUGAUCAUAAUAACUAG